AUGAAGAGCAUGGGAAGCAAUAUUGGCAGCAGUGGGAGGCUAUCGACGGAAGAGAUCAAUGAGGAGGAAGAAGUUUCAAGAUUGGACCUGUCCAAGUUUCAAGCUAGAGAAGAAGAGAUUGAGAGGAAGAAGAAGGAGGUGAGGGAGAAAGUUGAACUUCAAUUAGGCCGUGCUGAAGAAGAAACAAAGCGCUUGACGCACGUUUGGGAAGAGCUUGAAGUGCUGGCUGAUCCUUUGAGGAAAGAUGUUGCAAUUAUACGUAAGAAGAUUGACAUGGCAAAUAGAGAAUUGAAACCUCUUGGUCAGAGCUGCCAGAAGAAGGAGAAAGAAUAUAAAGAAGCCAUGGAAGCUUUCAAUGAAAAGAACAAAGAAAAAGCUCAGCUGGUAGCCACAUUAGUGGAGCUGCUGAGUGAGAGUGAAAAACAGAGGAUGAAGAAGCUCGAAGAACUGAAAAAGAUUAUGGAGUCCAUCCGCUGA